AUGCGUUUGCCAAGAAAGAUGUUCUUUGCAUUGCACAACCACAAAGCCCCAACCUCGUCAUUUCUGAGUGGCUUUGAAUCGAAGGACCCUGGAGUCAGAAUGGCGAGAAUAUUGAAUCACAUGAAGAAAUGUCCCGGAAACGCCACAACACCGCCACGCUUAAGUGUCCCCGCCAAAGAGAAGUGA